AUGCGUCGCUCAAUCGCUGUCCUCUCUGUCCUAUUGGUUUCUCAGACUUCUGCAUUCCUUUUUGGUGGCGGAUGCUGUCAAGCUCCAGUUAUGCAAUCCCCAUGUUGUGGAGGAGCCACAAGUUGGGCCUAUGCACCGCCCCAGGUUAUUGGAUAUGAGAGAAUUCCAUUGUACGCUAAAGUCCCAAUGCCUGCACCACCAACCUACCUUGUCCGCUCGAGACCCGUGGUCCAGCGUGUUGUCCAAUCCGAACCUUAUUAUCCACCACCACCACCACCACCACCACUUGCCCCACCAGUUUAUCAGCCUCAACCAUCCUACCCAGCGCCAAUGGAUAAUUUUGCAAGUGGUCCACAAUCAGCUAUCACUUCAGUAUCUAACCGAAUCCCCUCUGUUAUCCCACCUCCACAGGACAGAUAUGACGAUGGGGAUGUGAUAGUGAUUGAGACGGAUGACAAUAGAAGACGAAGAAUGUCAAAGUUCGUUCAACCUCCGCCACAAGGCUACGUAUCGCAACCCGUCGCCCCGCCACAGGGAUACCAACAAGGGCCACCACCACAACAGCCACAAGGAUAUAUGGGACAGGUUGAACAGGGAAUCGAGGUGACGCCCGACCAAAUCAACUCUGGCUACCAACCACACCAAGGAGAAGCUCAGGCUCAAUUCUCGAGCUCCCAGGGACAAUUCGCCCAGUCUCAGGGCCAAUUUGCCCAAGGACCACAAGGACAAUUCGAUGGAGCCGCUUCUGACAUCGCCUCCCAAUCCACCGGACUUGUCCAAUCUGUUGCCAACAACGCCGCCUUCGAAUCGGCCGGAAUUGCUCCAAGCGCUAGACGUCUUCGCAAAUUCAAGAACUAA